AAACGGUGCGUUUCAAUGUCGAUUUGGGAAGGCCAUCAGAGUUGACGGCUGAUGAUGUGUCAAAAAUCAAAAUAACAGACAAGGAAGCAUCUGAAUUCUGAAAUCGUUGGAGCGAAGCGAAAGGCGGAAAUGGCGACGGCAGCGUUGGGAAUGCAGAAGCUACUGCAAGUCGGCACGAAGAUCGUCGGCGUCGGCCGCAACUACGCCGCUCACGCCAAAGAACUCGGCAACGCCGUCCCCAAGGAGCCGGUGCUGUUCCUGAAACCUACAUCCUCCUACUUGGACAACGGAGGCACGAUCUUGAUCCCGCAUCCUCUCGAAUCGCUGCAUCACGAGGUGGAGCUCGCCGUCGUCAUCGGCAGGAAAGCUCGCGAUGUGCCGGAGGCUUCCGCCAUGGAUUACAUUGGAGGUUAUGCUCUUGCGCUGGAUAUGACUGCAAGAGAAAUCCAAGCUUCUGCCAAGUCAGCAGGACUUCCAUGGACUGUAGCCAAGGGGCAGGAUACAUUCACACCUAUCAGUUCCAUUCCAAAUGACCUCUUCGCUAAUCAAAAUGACCUCUUCGCUAUAAACUUUGUGCAGCUCCCCAAGUCAGCUGUACCUGAUCCUGAUAACUUGGAGCUAUGGUUGAAGGUUGACGACGAGAUAAGACAGAAAGGGCCCACAAAGGAUAUGAUAUUUAAGAUCCCAUUUCUCAUCAGCUACAUAAGUGCAAUCAUGACCCUUUUCGAGGGAGAUGUCAUUUUAACAGGCACUCCUCCAGGUGUUAGCCCAGUGAAAGCAGGUCAGAAGGUAACUGCUGGAAUAACGGGUCUAGUUGAUGUCCAGUUCAACUGCGAGAAACGCAAGAGGCCCGGAAAUUGAUCACCAUCACCUCCCCUCCAUAGUGUCUGUCUGGCAGGCAAAUUGCUGCCUGCUCUGUCAAGUAUGUCUCUUCUGCAGCAUCUUGAAUCUCUAGAGAAGAACAGUGUGGGUGAAUUUCCAACCUGAGAAGAUGUUUGAAUCAUAGAACAUCCACACAAUAAACAGGGAAAGAACCAUGGUGAAAGCCUUGAUCAUGAAGCAAAUAUCUUCCUAAUUUUGUUCACCUCGGAUACGAUUGCAGACGAUGGCUGAACUAUGGCUGUCAAAUUAGCUACAUUUGCAAAGUCUGUAUAACAAGAAAAACGAACGCAUUGUAUUGUCUGUCGAUGAAUCGUUUGCUUUGUGUAAUAACCUUAUUCGUCUACCAUUUUGGGAGGAUAAAACCAGAACUUGCGAAUGAAGUCGACGAUGUGGUUGCUGCGAAGAAAUGGCCAACGCCUUCCAUCACAACCCGUUCCUUUGGAGGAAGAGGAUCCUGGGCCCGCUGGCUGGGUCUGUGUAGCAGGAAGAAUGUUUGGACGCUGAGAAAAUGCUGGUGAUCACGAGCAAGAUUGGGCAUUAUAAUUGCCGUCAACAGCUAGUAUCACUACUUUCCGAUGAAGAAACUUGAUGCCGGACGGCAUCUCCAAUUUUUUCAGGUACAAUUGAUAAGGACCUGCUAACUCAGUUCUGUGUGGCAAAGUUUGCGAUUAUUAGGCGGAAUCAGAACGUGGGUCACGAAAGCAAUUGAUCAAUGUUUCCCUGCAAAAGGGAUUAGAAGAAGAGAUUUCUGUGAACACAUGUAGAUUCCUUUAUUUAUAUGCAUACUUUGCUUGCAAGUAAAGACAUCACAUUCUGUACCCGCAAGUUACAGAUGUUUUUUUCACAACCGAGGCGUUGGAUUGCCAACAAGCUUUCAACCACACUGAACACGUUUCAGGUAGUAUACACAACAAGAACACGAUUCAGAUUUCAGAUCACCGACGGAAGAAUCAGAUCAGAACUUGCGAAUGAAUUCGACAAUGUGGCUGUUGAUCUCGUCGGCCCUCUCUUCGUUGAGAAAAUGGCCGACGCCAGGCAUCACCACCACUUCCUGCAGAAACGGAACGUCCCUCUUGAACCCCCCUUUGCCAAUGUAGUCUCUGGCGUUCCCAGUGUUAUAGGUAAGGUCCUGAUCUCCGACGAUGAACUUCACCGGCACUUUCACUUGGUCCCCUUGCCACGGCGCAGUCAGUUCCCAGUUCCUGUCGAUGUUCCGGUAAUAGUUCAAUCCUCCGGUGAAGCCCGUCUUCUCGAACUUGUCGAUGUAGUACUUGAGAUCUUCCUCCGACAGCCAAGGUGGCAGUGCGAUUUGCACGUCCGGCGAGUGGCCGAAUGGCUUGCUCUUAGGCAUGUAGAGAGGAGCUGGGGUGUGGUAAGCAAAGAACUCCUUCAGAACCCUCUCUGUACCUAGCUCUGCAAAUUCUGCUUCUAUCACUCCCGGCUCCUGAACAGAUCAAACCAACCAAAGUUCGCACCCAUUUUCCUCGAUCAGAGUCAGAUGAAAUACGAAGAACUCGAAUUGUCAGAACGAAUGGAUACAU